CGGAGGCAGCGGCGCGCGGCGGUGGGGCCAGGAGCCCGGCACCCCCGGAAGGGUCCCCCACCCCCGCGCUGUGGGUGCAGGGGUGAGGCGAGCGUGGCUGGAGGCGCGUGUAGGGUGAGCUCUGCUUGGGUGCCAGCGUUCCCCUGGGCAGGUGCGUUGGGCGCACAGAGAGCAGUGCGGGAUGGGUGCCUGUCUGUGCGCGAGCAUCGGGCUGUAUGCUGGCUGCAAGCACAGUAUGUGGGAGAAUACAUCUGUGGCUCUUUGCGGAGAUUUGUAGAGAUCUGUUUCUUACUGAGAACUAGAUACUGUGACAUUUCAAGCUGUGAAAUUCAGCUACGGCUUUAAUCGUGAUCAACAAAAAGUGUCAAGGGUAGGGGCCCAGGCAGAGACAGAUGCAUCGUGGAGGUGAAUGCCUGGCUGCAAGGACGGUGUCGCCAGGAGGGCUUCGGCUUCCUUGUCUACAGGAUGCUGUUCCAGGAAGGAGGACUGCUAAGCAGAGAUGGCGUCUACCUAUCGAGGAAGAGGAAGAGCAUAUUUGGAUACAGACUGGCUAACCUAGUGAGGGGGGCUUUAAACUAGGUUUGAAGGCAGGUGAUCAAAGCCCAUAGGUGCGCUUAGUAAUUGCUGAAAAAGCACUGAAGUGUGAAGAACAUGAUGUAAGUUUACCUCUGAGUGAACACAAUGAACCUUGGUUUAUGCGUUUAAAUUCAUCUGGAGAAGUGCCUGUCCUUAUCCAUGGGGAGAAUAUUAUUUGUGAGGCCACACAGAUUAUUGAUUAUCUUGAAGAGACGUUUGUGGAUGAGAAGACACCAAGAUUAAUGCCAGAAGAAGGAAGCAUGUAUCACCCAAGGGUGCAACACUAUAGAGAGCUCUUGGACUCCUUGCCUAUGGAUGCCUACACGCAUGGCUGCAUUUUACACCCAGAGUUAACAGUGGAUUCCAUGAUUCCGGCUUACGCGACAACUAGAAUUCGCAGCCAGAUAGGUAACACAGAAUCUGAACUGAAGAAGCUUGCCAAAGAAAAUCCAGACCUCCAAGAUGCUUAUAUAGCAAAACAGAAGCGUCUUAAAUCUAAGCUGCUGGACCAUGAUAAUAUAAAGUACCUGAAGAAAAUACUUGAUGAAUUGGAAAAAGUUUUGGAUCAGGUUGAGACUGAGUUACAAAGGAGAAAUGAAGAAACACCAGAAGAUGGACAGCAGCCUUGGCUGUGUGGCGAAUUCUUUAGUUUGGCAGAUGUAUCGCUUGCUGUUACAUUACAUCGCCUGAAGUUUCUGGGGUUUGCAAGAAGAAACUGGGGAAAUGGAAAACGACCCAACUUGGAAGCCUAUUAUGAACGUAUCUUGAAGAGAAAAACAUUUAACAAAGUUUUAGGACAUGUCAACAACAUAUUAAUCUCAGCAGUUCUGCCAACUGCAUUCCGGGUGGCCAAGAAAAGGGCACCAAGAGUUCUUGGCACAACCAUGUUGGUCGGCUUGCUAGCAGGAAUGGGUUAUUUUGCUUUCACUUGUCUUCGGAAGAGGUUUGUCAACAUGAUGUUAUCAAUUAGAACAAGGCAACCUAAUUUUAAACUCUAAUUUGCCUGAUAGUGGGUGGAGGACACCUCUAACUCCCAGGAAAAUCUCCAAGAUAAACAUAUAUGAAAGUUUCAUGGAGCAAAACAUUGUCACAGAAUAAUCGUCUCCUACAAUGGCAUACAUGUAUUGGAAAAGCUGAGAUACUUGUGGAUAAUAAACGUUGAGGGGAUAAUAAAGAAAAUAAAAUAGGUUAUUUUCCAGUGAAGAGCUGUAGAUCCUGUGGCAAUGCUUUGUUAGAAGAAUCAUUGUUUCUGUCUCUUUUACCAAAUGACUGAUGUAAUUUUAGAACUUUUAUUCAAUAGGUAUUCAUGCAGCAAUGCAAGAGGGGCUCACUGUGGGUGAAAUUCUUCAGUGUGCAGAAGACCAGCACAAAUCCUAGGCUCCAUCUGAGCUCAGAAAACAGGAUUUAAGUGGGACUUAAGUGGCCCAUAGGCCUUGUGUCUGACCUUUGCAUGGGAAAGAAUUUCACUGAGAUCAACUGCCAUAAUUGUCAUGUCCAGGUUCAAACAGUAGCAUGAGUUUCAUUUAUUUGCGAAGAUACCUGAAGUGUGUAUGUGAAAAUCAGCUAAUUUGGGAAGACAGGAGAUUUUUCAAAGGGAAAACUAGCAGGUAGGCUUUCAACUCCCAUUGAGAUUCAGGCACCUAACUUGGCCUGUGUGCUCUCAAAUAACCAGUUUGCCUACAUACCUUGGGCAAAUUAGGUGGGUGUAAUUGUACGUAAGUGAUUGCAUGUGCCUCUGUGUGAAAAUAUUGCCCAUAAGUGCCACAGCCUAUCCGAAAAUAUCUUAUCCAUUAAAAGAGCUUUUUAUUUGAGUAAGAUUUUCUGAGGAUAGCUUCAUUUUUGUUUAUUUUUAUUAGUGGAAAAGAGUCAGCCAUCUGUCAAGUUUGAUUGGCUAACAUAAAGAUUCAAAGUGGGUAAUUCUCCAGCAUUGUCUACUUAUUUACUGAGCGGUUACAACUUGGUGAAAAUGAGUGAAAAUUGUUUGUACAACCUGGGAAUAGGAAAUUUGUAUUGCAGUUUCUUUCAUAAAAUUACAGUUUGAAUUUUAAGAAACAGUGUAAAUAACACAGAUGCUUUAAUGCAAUCCACCAGUUAAU